AUGCUUCAUGCAAGAACGCAACCAAGCGCCCCAGUUCUCCCAGCCCAGUGGGUGCAGGUGACCAGGGAUUUGGAGUGGGAACCGGAGUAUCCACGCAUCGAAUCUCUGCUGUUGAAGAAUUCUUCAUUUACCAAUAAUCUGUUGGCAACCUCUUGUUGCUUUGCUGCUAAUGUACCAGUGCCAAGGAGAUCUAAGGCUAUCAGUCGCAUAGGCAAACCGCGAGCUGUUCUUACUGUUACUGUAUGGACCUGUGGUAAUCACAUAUCCUCGUACACACAUUCAUGGUUCAUGUCUAUCACGGAAAAGAUCUUCGAACUGUCGAGCGGCUGUUCUUCCAAAACAAGACUCACAACAAGACCCACUAUGUCCCGAACUGAUACCGCUCCGCUCCGAGCCGAGUACGCCAUUGGUACCCAUCAUGCCGGCUCUGCUCACUACGAAGGUUGCCUUGCUGACUCGGGCAUACCGUCCGGGAAGGACAAGGCUCAGCUCGGCUGCCAGCUUGUGGCCUUUCGGGUCAUGCAGUUCUUUACUUUGGCUGGACGACUCUCCGUGCCAUCUUUCCUACCCAUUGUUUCAUAUCCAGAAAAGCCAACAGUCGCCGAGCUGUAG